AUGGCACCCACAGCAUCCACCAGCGCUGCGGGGCAGCCCAUGUCCGCCGUUCAGGCGCUCAAGCGCCGUCGCAUGCAACAGCAGCAAGACGAUCGUCCUCGCUACACCUACUCGGACGACGACGAAGAGGCCGACGAUCCAUCCUCGUCGACCUUUGUGCCGCUCAAGCAGCGCCGCAUGCAACAGCUCGAACAGAUCCAGGCACGCGCUCGCGGUAUCACCUCCACGCAUGCAUCAGGCUUGCAUGACGCCAACGCCGACGAGGCUCAGGGCGAGGACGAGGACGAUACAGAUAGCCGCGCACCGCAACGUCCACAAAGGUCGCUUCUCGACGAGGCGCGACUGCUGCGCGAGAAGAAGCUCGCAGAGGAAGGCGAAAGGUCGCAGGCAGAUAUCGAUGCCGAGGAAGAGCGCAAGAUCCUCGAGGCGCAUGCCGCACGCAGGAAACUCGCCAGCGACCUCGAGCUCGCCAAGGGCAUCCAAUACACCGAGCCUCUCACCACAACAUGGACACCACCCUCGUACAUCCGCACGCGCUCCGAGCUGGAGAACGAAAAGCUGCGCGAAAAGAACCACAUCCUCGCCGAUGGCGUCGACAUUCCGCCGGUCAUCACCAACUUUCGCGACAUGAAGGUGCCCGAGUGCGUGAUCGAGUACCUCAAGACGCAAAAGAAGAUCGUCAAGCCGUCGCCCAUCCAGAUGCAAGGUCUGCCGACGGCAUUUGCAGGCCGUGACAUGAUCGGCAUCGCCUUUACCGGCUCGGGCAAGACGCUUGCGUUUUCGCUGCCGAUCAUCAUGCUGGCGUGCGAGGAGGAGAAGCGGCUGGCCUUCACGCGCGGCGAGGGGCCGGUGGGUAUGAUCGUGUGUCCGUCGCGCGAGCUGGCGCGCCAGACGUUCGAGUCGAUCAAGGGCAUUGCCGAUGCGCUUGUGCAGGGCGGAUACCCGCAGAUCGGCGUGCUCCUCUGCAUCGGCGGCAUCAGCAUGGCCGAGCAGCAGCACACCAUGUCCAAGGGCUUCCACAUCGUCGUCGCCACGCCGGGCAGGCUGCAGGACAUGCUGGAGAAGAAGAAGUUCGCGCUGGAUGGGUGCAAGUAUCUGUGUCUGGACGAGGCGGAUCGGAUGAUCGACAUGGGAUUCGAGGACGACGUGCGCAACAUCAUGGGCUUCUUCAAGCAGCAGCGACAGACGCUGCUGUUUUCGGCUACGAUGCCCAAGAAGAUCCAGGACUUUGCAGAGCAGUCUCUGAUCCGACCGGUCAUCAUCAACGUCGGUCGUGCAGGUGCGGCAUCGCUGGACAUCAUUCAGGAGGUGGAGUACGUCAAGCAGGAGGCCAAGAUGGUGUACCUGUUGGAGUGUCUACAAAAAACCGCGCCGCCGGUGAUCAUCUUCAGCGACAACAAGAACGAAGUGGACGAUAUCCAAGAGUACCUGCUGCUUAAGGGGGUUGAAGCGGUAGCGAUUCACGGAAGCAAGACGCAAGACGAACGAGAGUAUGCGAUUCGAGCGUUCAAGUCGGGUCAGAAGGACGUCAUGGUCGCUUCCGGGGUGGCAUCAAAGGGUCUGGACUUUAACGAGAUCCAGCAUGUGAUCAACUACACCAUGCCCAAGGAGAUCGAAGACUACGUGCACCAGAUCGGCCGCACGGGUCGCAGUGGCAAAACCGGUAUCGCCACCACCUUUGUCAACGCCAAUACCCAGGAACAGACGCUACUCGAUCUCAAGUAUCUGCUCAUGGAGGCCAAGCAACGGAUUCCUCCCUUCUUGGCUGCUAUCGACGAUCCAAGAUUAGCGGCAGCGGGCGGGAAAUUGUCCAGCUGCCCCGUUUGCGGCGGCCUCGGUCACUCCAUCCGAGACUGCCCAAAACUCGAGGACAACCAGCGCAGACAAACCGCCCAAUUCUCAAGAGCCGACGACGGCGGAUACUAA